AUGAAGCGCAAGUCGUCCGUCACACCUUCCGAGGACGAGUUCAAGCCCGCCCUCUCUGACGAGGACGUUAAGCCGAAGACCAAGAAGUCCAAGGCCAAGGCUAAGCCUGGCGGAUACCCUGCUGGUGGCAAGCAGGCGCUCGCGGAACUUAUCAUUGAGCUCGGCGUCAAGGCUCUCCCACCCAACAAGGAGGUUGCCAAUGCAUCUCAAGUCACGACGCAGCUCGAUCCUCGUUCUGGCGUUCGCUGCAACCUUGUCAAGUACGCUAAGACUCUCGGCUAG